UCCCCGCUAGUCCUCAUCCGCCGCCGAGCUCCGUGCGCGCCACUCGCUCUCAGAGAGGGAGGAGAAAGCGGAGAGUUCCGGAGUCUGCCUAGCCCGGCCUAACCUUUGCUCCAGAGAUCAUGGCUGCCGAAGAUGUGGUGGCUACAGGCGCCGACCCCAGCGAGGUGGAGGGUGGUGGGCUGCUGCACGAGAUUUUCACGUCGCCGCUUAACCUGCUGCUGCUCGGCCUCUGCAUCUUCCUGCUCUACAAGAUCGUGCGCGGGGACCAGCCUGCGGCCAGCAGCGACAACGACGACGAUGAACCGCCCCUGCUGCCCCGCCUUAAGCGGCGCGACUUCACCCCGGCAGAGCUCCGGCGCUUCGACGGCGUCCAGGACCCGCGCAUACUGAUGGCCAUCAACGGCAAGGUGUUCGACGUGACCAAAGGCCGCAAGUUCUACGGCCCUGAGGGGCCCUAUGGGGUCUUUGCUGGAAGAGACGCAUCCAGGGGCCUUGCCACAUUUUGCCUGGAUAAAGAAGCACUGAAGGACGAGUAUGAUGACCUUUCUGACCUCAAUCCUGCCCAGCAGGAGACUCUGAGUGACUGGGAAUCUCAAUUCACUUUCAAGUACCAUCACGUGGGCAAACUGCUGAAGGAGGGUGAGGAGCCCACUGUGUACUCAGAUGAGGAAGAACCAAAGGAUGAGAAAGCUCGGAAAAAUGAUUAAAGCAUUCAGUGGAAGCAUAUCUAUUUUUGUAUUUUGCAGAAUCAUUUGUAACAUUCCAGUCUGUCUUUAAAACAUGGUGAUUUCAAUAUUUAGAAAAGUUUUGAACUUGUUGUAAUUUUUUAAUUAACAUCACUAGUGACACUGAGAAAAUUAACUUCUGUCUUAGAAUGCAUGAGAUGUUUGUGUGUCACAAAUCCAGAAGGUAAACUGCAGUGCUGUAAUACAAAUGUUAAUACUGUUUUUCUUCUGUCUGUAGUUAGUACAGGCUGAAUUAAAUGUGUGUUGCCUGAGAGACAAGUAAGACUUGGAUAUUUCCCGAAACAGGUAAAAAUGUUAGAUGUACACUAAGACAGGAUCAAUGUUCAGUCAUGAUGUUCUCUCAAGACAGCAAAUCCCGUCCCCCCCCCCAAUUGACUUAACUGCAUGAUUUCUGUUUUAUCUACCUCUAAAGCAAAUCUGCAGUGUCCCAAAGGCUUUGAUAUUGAUUAGAGAGAGCUGUCCUGUAACAAAAUGAAAUCUCAUAGCUUGGCUCAGUUAGGAAAACAUACUUAGUGGGUUUCUGGACUGCUGUGUCAUCCUUGCUCUCACAUGGACACCGAGACACCUCACAAGCACAGUCAUCUACAGUUUGGAUUAGAAUAGGAUAUGAACACUUAAAAGAAAGCGUUGGAAAAAGCCAGCUGCUUAUUCAUGGUGGGGCCAUGGUUAUUUGACACGUUUGAACUGAGAGGGGCAUACAGGUGUCUUGCUCUCCUGUGAGCCUUCAUGCACACCCUCUGCGCAGUAAGGAAACAGUAUGCGGCACUAGCCAAGUGGUUUUAAAGUAAAGCAUAUUCAUAAGGUGACAGCUACUAUGAUGCUCCAAAACUAUAGCCACUGCGAGAGUAGUAGUCAAUUGUCUAGGUCUUUGAUAUCGCUCUUUUGGUUAACACUAAGCUUAAGUAGCCUAUACAGUUGAACAAAUUUGUAAAAGUAUUAUAUGAACUACUAGUGAGGUUUCAGAUUCUUGUAAUUGUAGUUAGUCGUUGUAUUUUCUCGUGAGCUGUGUUUAAUGGUUUUACCUCAAAUCGGAAAACAAAAUGAAGUGCUUUGGUCAGUUAAUAAAAUGGUUUUACCCAGUA